UCGCUCCCAUUUUUUUUUCUCUCUCUCUAUAUCCGUACGAAUAUGGAUGGUGGUGUUGUUACCGGCGGAGUAGCGAAUAGCGGCGAGUCUGUGCCGCCGAGGAAUCCUCAUCCAGCGACGUUGCUUAGUGCCAACGAUUUACCGCCUCCUUUCCUUAGUAAGACGUAUGACAUGGUGGAGGAUCCGGCGACGGACGCGAUUAUAUCAUGGGGUUCGGAUAACAAUAGCUUCAUUGUUUGGAAUGAAUCGGAGUUUUCUCGUCAUCUUCUACCUAAACACUUCAAACACAACAAUUUCCACAGCUUUGUUCGUCAGUUGAAUACCUAUGGUUUUAGAAAAGUGGAUCAAGGCCGGCAGGAAUAUGCAAAUGAAGAUUUCUUGAGAGGUGAGAAACAUUUACUGAAGAAGAUAAGCAGGAGAAAAUCUGUUCAGGGUCAUGGUAGUAGUUUAUCUCAAGGUCAAAGUUCAAUGGCUGCAGUAGAGGUUGGGAGAUUUGGGAUAGACGAAGAGGUUGAGCAGCUUAAAAGAGACAAAAACGUUUUGAUGCAGGAACUCGUUAAGUUACGCCAGCAGCAACAGACGACAGACAGUAAACUUCAGGUUAUGGUUAAACGUCUUCAGGUUAUGGAGCUGAGGCAAAAACAGAUCAUGUCUUUCUUUGCUAAAGCUGUCCAGAACCCCACUUUCCUCUCUCACUUCAUUCAGAAGCAGACUGAUAAUAACAUACUUGUAACCGAGGCUAAUAAGAAACGGAGACUCAGAGAGGAUACUGCUACUGAGAAUCAUAGCUCGGCUGCAUCAGAUGGACAUGGACAGAUAGUUAAGUACCAGCCUCGUAGAAGCGAUUCAAUGAUGUGGAGCAGGAUGAAAAAUGAUGAUGAGUACUCGUAUCUUGAUGGGUUCGCAUCGCCAGACCGGGUAUCAGGAUGCACUCUUCAAGAGGUACUCCCCACAACUUCAGGACAGUCACAUGCGUAUGCACCCGCAGCAUCGGGACAGCAUUUAUCAUAUUUACCCUCUACUUCAACUUCCUUACCUGAUACCGUAAUGCCAACGAUUCACCGGAUGCCACAAUCACGAGAUAGCAUCAACGACUUCCCUACAGAAGACUACAUGGAUACAGAGAAAAAUGUCUCGGAGCCUUUCAUCUCUCCAAGCCCGUUCCUUGAUGGCGGUUCAGUCCCGAUUCAGGUUGACGGAAUACUUGAAGACCCCGACAUUGGUGAACUGUUGAGCAGCUUUGACUUCCUUGAAGAAUGUCUGACAGAGAGCCCUGUUCUGGGAGAUGCAACUACACUAGAGAACAGCAACAACACAAAUGGUAGAUAUAUGGAUAAGUUUAUAGAAUAGUUGGGUCUUCUAACAUCAGAGAUAGAACAAUUGUAAAGGAUUAUGUUUAGUAUCGAAUGCUUUCUCUACUAACUUUAUGGUUAGAACUUAGAACAAAUUUUAAAUCUCUUUGUAUAAAAAUAUCAACUUUGUGCAGAAAUCUUUCCUUGGAUAAUACAAGAAUUAAAUUUAUUUAUUA